GUUGACCAAUUUCUUCAUCAUCAUCCGCGGGGAAGGAAGCCGCAGCCUCUUCACCACUCCUGCCCAGCUGUGAACAGUGGCUCCCCGGGCUCCAAAGCGACAACACAACCGUUGCUGAUUUGAAAGAAAAAAAAAGAAAAAUGUCUGACGAACAGCCAAAUAUGUCGACAGGGAGGACAGCAGCGUUAAGUGAAAACGUACUGUUUGGGAUGGGAAAUCCCUUGCUUGACAUUUCAGCUGUUGUGGACAAAGACUUCCUUGACAAGUUCGGACUGAAGCCCAAUGACCAGAUCCUCGCUGAAGACAAACACAAAGCCUUGUUUGAAGAAAUUGUCAAGAGGAACAAAGUUGAAUACCAUGCUGGUGGUUCGACCCAGAACUCAGUGAAGAUUGCUCAGUGGAUGAUCCAGAAACCUCACAAAGUGGCUACCUUCUUCGGAUGCAUCGGUACAGACCAUUUUGGGGUGAUCCUGAAGAAGAAAGCCGAAGAGGCCCACGUCGACGCACACUACUAUGAACAGAAUGAGGUGCCGACUGGUACCUGUGCGGCCUGUAUCACAGGGGACAAUAGGUCCCUUGUUGCUAACCUGGCAGCGGCAAACUGCUACAAAAAGGAAAAACACCUGGACUUGGACAGCAACUGGGAGCUGGUGAAGAAAGCCAAGGUCCAUUAUAUUGCGGGGUUUUUCCUGACUGUGUCCCCGGAGUCAAUCCUGAAGGUGGCGAAGCACGCUUCAGAUAACAACAAAAUCUUCUGCUUGAACCUCUCAGCACCUUUCAUCAGCCAGUCUUUUAAAGAGCCCUUGAUGAAGGUCAUGCCUUACGUCGACAUCUUGUUUGGCAACGAGACGGAGGCGGCCACAUUUGCCAAAGAGCUGGGCUUUGAGACAGAUGACAUUGAGGAGAUUGCAAAGAAGACCCAAAACCUCCCCAAGGACAACAUGAAGAGGCAGCGAGUGGUGGUCUUCACCCAGGGCAAGGACGACACAGUUGCUACUGUUGCUCAGACUAGCCAUGCACGGGGAGAGAUGGCCUCAGGUAAAGACACCAACAUAUCACUCAUCACUGGGGACUGCAGAGAAGCACAGCUACAGCAGGGCUGUUAGAACUGCAGGACACUGCCUUCACAUGUGUCCAGUGUCCUCAAUUUCAUACUGCUGGCAAGAGUAUUUAGGAGCUGAAGUGACAGUAUUUCACUGGCAGCAUUGUUGGACAAUCAAUAAUUAAUCGUGUCUUUUAUGUAUUUUCUGUGGUGCUUUGUGAUUUAAUUGUCUGUGCUGCUAUUUUGGCCAGGACUCUCAUGAGAUUAUCUUGGUAUAAUAAAGGAUAGAAGUGACUGUAGUCACAAUUUUUAUAUUAACAAUGGAUAAUGAAGACACAGAAUGAUUGAAUACCCAACUCUGCAGCUCUCCCCAGCUUUUAAGUAAUUCUUUUGGUUUUAUGGCUUAUAACUUUGCUGUUUUGGUUCACUCUCAUCAGUGUUGUUUAUAGCCUCAGUGGGCAGCUGUUUUCAGUGAUAAAGCUCUGAUAAACCCACUACAAGCUACGUGCCCAGCUGACAGAUGCAGUUAGCAACUAGCUGGUGGACAUGGUGCAGCAUUUAGCAGCUAAAUGACCAGAUAUUCCUCAGGAGUUGGUGGAGAACAAAAACGGAGCUAAAAGGAGAGUGAAUAUUGUACUUUUUGUAAAAUCAGAUACACAUAAACAAAAUUAAAAUUAAAUUUGUGCUAAUGUUGCUUGGUGUCUGCUCAAUUUGUCAACAAGUUCAGGCCACUUCUUUGUGAUUAGUGAGUAGUUGCACUAUGUGCUCAUAUCACACUUUUUAACACUGACAAUAUAUGUUUCAAUAUUGCAAAUGUAUGCAAAAUAACAUGUCAGAAAAUCGAGCUGCUGUUCAGUGCAGUGAACUGUGUCCAGCGCAUCACGCACACCACAUUCAUUUUCAAAGUGGAAUUCCUGGAAGUGUGUUUCCUUUCAUGAGAAUUUGAAAAGAGAUCUUUAAGCAGAAUCCUGACAGUAAAAAAGAACAAGAAUCCAUCCAUCCUGCUGGACGUGAUGGAUAAUUCCUGUGUGCUCCUCUCAUUGCUCCUGCGUGAAGACAGAGCUGUGCGCCUCUGUGAACUUUAUAUAAAAUACAUGAUGAAUGCAGGCAGGAUGAAAGACAAUGUGUUUCAGAUGUCAUCUACAAAGGCAAACAUGAUAAAUGUCAUUGACGGUGCUAUCAUUGCAGUGGAGCAGUUACAGUAGUCGGUGCAGCGGCAGAAAUCGACGUAUGUGUUGUGUGAACAUAGCAAUUCAUGCCAGCCAAAUAAAUGUCAAUGUAAAAAGAGAAUUAAAGAUUUUCAUUUCCCAGAGGCGGCGCUCUAAUAAACUUGAUCUCUCAUUUUGUUUGCAAUUUGUCCUCCUGUCAGGAUUUGAUCAUUUGCCAGCCUCUGCAUGUCAUGUUAAACCAUUUUACAGUGAUUAAGGAUGGGAAAAUGCCUUCCCCCAUGGUAUAAUUCUCCAAAAAAAGAUGUCAAUUUGUUAUUGUUCUCUUUUUUUCUGCCCUCCAUUUGGAGUCUUUCAUCACACCACCACUUCAAACAUGCCUUUUAAGAGCUGGGAGCAGGGGGAAAUGGCCCUUUAUUUAGCUGCCACUGACACUGCUGAACUACGCUGGGCUUUUGCUUAUACACCCAUUAAAGCAGUAAUUAAGAUCAUUGUGCCCUGAACCUUAACGGUGAGGAGAUCUAAUAAACGAUCAUUCAGCGGGGGUCGCAGCUCUAAUCGCUGAUAAGGACUUGAUAAAGCCUGACUCGGCUCCUCGCGGAGUUUUAGGGCUCUCAAGGGGGCUAAGCAGGCAGAUUUUGACGGUGAAAAAAAAAACUGAUCUAUACAUGUUAAUCACAUGAGGGAGACUGAGAGAGGGAUACUGUCUACAAGGCAAAAGGCUCUUUACUGUGAGUUAUUUUCUAAGCGUGUUUACGUGUCAUUCUCUCCAAAGUUACAGUAGAUUAAACUCUGUAGAAUUAUUGACAGAUUUACUUGAGUAGCCUGUUUGAAAUGCAGGAUGUUUAUGGUCUAUACUUCAUGAUAGACUAAAUCAAUUAACAUUCUGCGCUAUGAGAAAGACCGCCUCUCUUUUCCCCUGGCAUCUCACAUUGAAGUGUUUUCUUUCAUGUCUCCCUGAAAGGAUAUUGUUUGGCGAUGAUCUUUUGCCUGUGGUUACAGUAAUUACAGGCAUAUGUAUUUUUUUUUCUAACUCAAUUGUGAACAAAGAUGCUGGUUAUGAUAGGGAAACAGAUUGAAUGUCAACUUGCUCCUAACCUGUCGCGUUUGCCAAGAAAGUGGUAAC